AUGACUUCAGUUAAACUAGUUGAAGAAGAAAACUUUCAUUUGAAAGGUGAAGAUAUUUCGCCAGAUCAAGAUAAAUGUUUAAUGAAAGAAAUCGUUCGUCAAGGCAUCGACGAUGAUAAACCAAUGUUUGAUGAUCAAGUUUUCAUUCAUUAUGUUGGAAGUGAAAUGGACGGAACAGUUUUUAUCAAUAGCCGAGAUCGAAAUGAGAAAUUUAGUUUUAGUUUAGGUAAAAGAGAAGUCAUUCAAGCUUGGGAUCUUGGUGUAGCUACAAUGAAACGUGGAGAAAUAGCACGAUUUUUUUCCCAACCGAAAUAUGCUUAUGGUUUAAAAGGUGAAAAAAAACGAAUGGGAUCUGCCACAAAUGUCAUCUUUGAAAUAGAACUAAUAGAUUUUGUUGGGAAAGAUUUAAGUGAUGGAAAAGAUGGAAGUAUCAUUAGAAGAAUAAUUCGUCGCGGUGAAGGAUGUGAAUCACCUAAUGAAGAUGCAACAGUAGAAAUUAAUCUGAAAGGAAUGUAUCAAGACAAAAUCUUUGAUGAACGAACUGUUAGGUUUUUCGUUGGAUUGGGUUUUCUUGAGCAAGUACCUUCAGGUGUUGAACAUGCUGUUUGCAAAAUGCUUAAAAAUGAACAUUGCCAAUUAGAUUUAAAAGGAAAAUUACUUGUAGGUUUGGAAAAAUUUUCCAUUCCAAUCGAUGGAUCUGUUCGGUAUGAAGUAGAAUUGAUUAACUUUGAAAGAUUUGUAGAAAGACGAUUCUUAGAUGCUCAGCAAAAACUUAAACGAUCCGAACUAUUAAAAGCACGAGCAGAUGAUCUUUUAAAAAACGGUUAUCAUGAACUCGCUGUGAAAAGAUAUCAAAUCGUUGCUGAUUUUCUUUCAUCAGUAUCAUAUCACACUGAUGAUGAUAGAGUUAAAUCCCAACAAUUGAAAUUGGCUGCGCAAUCAAAUUCAGCAUUAUGUUAUUUAAAAUUAGGUGAUUAUCAACAAUGUAAAACAUCCUGUGAUAGUGGGCUAGCUUUGGAUGCUAUUAAUGAAAAGUGUUUUUUUCGUCGUGCUCAAGCUCAACUAGCUUUGCUCAAAUUUGACUUAGCACUAAAAGAUUUCCAAUUCGUUGUCAAGAUUAAUCCAUCGAAUCUUGCUGCUCAACAACAAAUUGAACAUUGCCAUCAGGAGAUUAAAAAACGUGAAAUGAAACAAAAAGAAUUAUAUAAAUCGUUUUUUAAAUAA